CUGGCGAAGUUAAUCAGUCAUUGAUUGGAGCUAUAAGUGCGCGGUACCUCAAUACAACAGACUUACUAGAUCUUUUUUGUUGGAGUCCUUCAAGUGCUAUUAUGUGGGUGUACUUAGGUUUAUUAGUUCUAAUUCUAUUCCUGUAUCAUAAAUGGAGUGCGAACCACUGGAGACGGUGUGGUGUGGAUGGUCCUGUUCCCUUACCUUUGGUUGGAAAUUUGUUGGAAUAUAUAUUGGCCAAGAAACACUUUGGCGAAGUUUACCAGAAAGUUUACAAGUCGUAUUCCAGUGCCAGCUAUGUUGGCAUUUAUCGACUUCUCAACGAGCCAGCGAUACUUGUGAGAGAUCUGGACUUUGUCAAGGAUGUUUUUGUACGGAAAUUUAACGCAUACCACGACAAUUCGGUAAUGAUCGAUCCAAAAUUGGAUCCACUGGCGAUGAGUAAUCCUUUUUAUGCUAAAGGGGAUCGAUGGAAACUUCUAAGAUCACAGUUAGCCCCGCUCUUUACUUCCAGCAAGGUAAAGUCACUAUUCCCAUUAGUGUACGAUGUUUGCCAGAAAUUUGAGAAAUACGUUGCUAGGGGGCCAGACAACCAGUACAAUGCCUUUGAAGCCAAAGAUUUAUGCUCAAAAUUUACCAUUGAGGUGAUGGCAUCUUGCGGAUUUGGAUUAAAUGGCGAAGCUUUCACAAACCCCAACUCAGAAUUUGCAAAAUUUGGGGAGCAAAUUUAUAGUCCAACAUUUUGGACAUUCCUUCAAUCUGUUGGUGGACAUUUUCUACCGCCGGUGUCCAAAAUACUUCGUUUGCCCUCAAUACCGAAAAAUAUUCAAAGAUGGCUCACCAUAAUUGCAAAAGAAGUAAUUAGGCGUCGUGAAACUGAAAAUGGGACACGAAAUGAUUUCUUGCAAUUAAUAUCAGAUACGAAAGAAAAUGAUAAAAUUUUGAGCGAAAAUGAGGUUCUGGGCCAUUGUUCGACUUUGCUUAUUGAAGGUUUCGAAACAUCUAGUACUUUGAUGGCGUAUUGUUUAUAUGAGCUUGCCAUCAAUCCCGAUAUUCAGAAAGCUGUUCACGAGGAGUUGGAUAGGGUCCUAGUCAAACACAAUCGGACAAUAACAUAUGAGUCGUUGCAAGAAAUGAAUUACUUGAAUAGUGCUAUGUUAGAAACCCUACGGAUGCAUCCAGUUAUGUCAGCAACAGUAAAGUUAUGCACAGAAGAUACUGAACUACCUCCGCAAUAUCCAGGCGGAAGGCCAGUUACAAUUCCAGCAGGAACCAGCAUUGUCGUUCCUGUUAUGGCUAUUCAGUACGAUCCGGAACUAUACCCCAAACCAAACACUUUCAACCCGGAACGCUUCAACGAUGAAAAUCAAGGCUCUCGCAAUAAAUACAGUUUUCUCUCGUUUGGCGAAGGUCCGAGAAUAUGCAUUGGCAUGAGAUUUGGAAUGAUGCAAAGCAAGGCGGGAUUAGCCACAAUCCUGUAUAAGUAUAAUGUACGAUUGUCUCCUAAAACUCAAGUACCUACAAAACCUACACCAGCGACAUAUUUAUUAAAUCCAGAAUCUGGAUUGUGGAUGAACUUUGAGAGACGAUUGAGAAAGUUGUAAGGUUGCAUUAUUGAAUUAGGUUUAAUUGGGUUACAUACAUUUAUAUUUCAAAAUCAUUAAAGUUUUCUAUGAAA